AAGUUUGAGGCGCUGAACAGCCAAUCUAAGAUUGGUCUUAAGUUUAGCAUGGGAGCAAGGAGAGGAAAACAUCUAGGUAAGCGAGACCCACAAAAUUUAGCGCCCCAACGCGUAUUGGAUAGUAAGUCACGAACUAUCGAAAGCCAACAAAGGGCCUUGGCCAGUUUAGCUAAUUCUGAAGAAAUUGGAAUUACAACAGCUGAAGAAUUACAGAUUCAAGGUGAAAAAAUCAAAAAUGCAGAGCAUAGACUGGAUGAAAUAAGUAAUAUUCAGAAGCAGAGCCAAGGUCAAAUAAAUUCGUUAACAAGCGUAUUCGGAGGUCUCAAAAACUUAUUCUACCGAAAGUCACUUACUUCCUCUCCCCCUAUCCAAGCUAACCAGCCGGCGGUUCCCUCAUAUCCUCCCAGCGUGUCAACUCGUCAGAUCAUGUCUGAACCUGAAAAGCCACAAUCGGAUAUCGAUAAAAAUUUGGCUGUGAUGUCUCAAGGCAUGUCACGAUUAAAGUCUUUGGCUUUGAGCUUAGACACAGAAUUAAAGGCUCAAAAUGAACAGCUAGAUCGCAUGGCGCCUAAGCUUGAAAAGGUUAAUCAAACCACGGUAUAUCAGACAAAUCAAUUGAACACACUUCUUGGCAAUAAAAAACAAUCUGCAUAA